AUGAAUAGUGAACCAACAAGAUUACCUAAAUCAAAACGUAAACUAAGUUUCGAACAUAAUACUAUACGUAGUGCACACAAUUCAACCGCGAAACCAACCACAACUUUUGAUUCUAUUGAUGCAAAUGAAGAAAGCCUUUUACAGCGUAAAAUAAAGCUUGAAAAGUAUUUGAUAAAAAUUAUUGACAAAGUACAAUCAGAUAAUCAACAAAUUGAACAGUUGUCGUCUCGCAUAUCUGAUUUUGAAUCACAAAUACGAUUUGUAAAAGAUCAGAUUUUUGAGAAAAAGAAUAAACUGCUUGUGAAAAAUGCCUUUCGUGAAAAAUGCAUUCAAAUAAAUCACAGUGAUGCCAAUUACCAGAGGCUUUUGAGCAACUUUAAAUCUAGGAUCACUUUAAGAGAUGAAAUUGAUACAGAGUCAAAAGAAAACGAGAGAACAAUAUUAAUAAAUACACAUAAAAUCAAGAUUAGAGAAAUCUGUGAUAAUCAUAAAUUCUUGGUUCAAAAUACUAUAUUAAGCAAUGAAUCAACAGAUCACAGAUUAAAAAAUGAAAUCUCGAAUUCUAUUGAGGCACUAAUUCGGUUGAUAUCACCAAAAGUAUUGCUAGAAUCGGUACUGAGUGUAAUAAGAUCAACAUCAAAAGAUAUUAGCCGGGUAAAAAAACAAUUUUUAGAAAUAUAUUUGAAAAGAAAUACACAGGAUAUUCAAGAUCUUGUAAAUCAACAUAAAGAAAAUCAUAUCACCAAAUUUAUUGAAACUGAAGCAACUUACAAUGAAAUUUUUGCAGUGAAAGAACAUGCCAAAAAAUUGCAAAAUUCAAUUGAGAUUGCUAUUCAUAAUCAAUUUAAACAUGAUCCCUCUAUGACUAAUCGAAUCAUAUCUUUAAUAAAAUCAAAAGUAGAAUUGGAGGCAGAGAAACAUACUUUAGAUGUUCUUGAUAAAUGUGUAAAUGAUCUUAGACUUCGAUGUCAAAAUGUAUUAUGCAUAGAUGAUGGAUUGAAAAUGAUUUGUGAACAUGUCAAUAAUUCAAAUGAAAUUAUUGAAUUGAAAAAAAGUCAAAUAGAACAAUUAAAUUUAAUUAACAAUCAGACUAUAACCACUUUUUUCAAUCAAUUAAGGGAAGUAUCAGAAUAUAUCAAAAGAGUUCUUUGUCCUUUUUCUCACGAUUUUGAAUGGAUUUACAAAAGAAUUGAUUGCAUGAUGAUGAAAGAAAAUGAAAGAUUUCAAAAAUUAGAUUUGAAGAUUACUGUUCAACUCUACUAUGAAAAUGAAAUUCAUCAUAUUGGCUCUCUUGAAAUUCAUCGAACGCUUGAUGAUCCUUUUUUAAAAGAUGUUAAAGAUAUUAUUCGUAGUCCAAAGUAUCUUGGCGCUGAAUGCAUUUAUAUGAUGUUACGAGAACUAAAAUCCGAAUCAAAAAAUUGGUUGUCUUCUGUACGAAACCUUAUGAUAAAUUGCAAUAAAAACGACUCUUAUACAAAAACAAUUGAAAGUAUGCAAGUGGCUAUUGAAUAUUUAAAAGAAAAUCAGAUUCCACGACACAAAGCAAAAAUUGAUGAUUUAACAAAAACCACAUUUCAUGCUAUCCAUGAAAUUUUGGAAGAACGUAAUGAUUUUUUAUGUAAUUUUGCAAUGAUUUGUUGA